AUGCAAGACGCCCACGCUUCGAUCACUGCGCUCUCCAAUGCGACCGUUUUGGCGGUGGAUACCCCGGGUCUUCAUGCGUGGUUGACGAUGGAGGAGCUCGUCACCAAAUACCAGGCGCGGAGUCUGUAUGUGCGCGCGAUGGCACUCAAGCGUACCGCGUGCCACAAGGCGGUGCGGUUGAUCUUUCCAUCCAAAACCGGUCCAGCACUGGCCGCCGAGGCGCAGUACACGGCCAAGCAAGACGACAUCCAGAACGUGCUCGCAGCGCUGCGAUCGAUCUUGGCCAAAGUCCGAGGGAUCACCUCGCUGCUCUACGGCAUGGCCGAACUCUGGCGCGACAUCAAGCGCACCGAGGUGAGCGCCCUCUUUGAAGACGCCCGCAUGGACAUCGUCGUCGCGGCAACAUCCAUGGAAACCGAGUUCAUCGCUUGCAGCGCACGGCUCCACGCCAAUGUCGUCCAACCGCUUGAAAACAAAGUGCGGAAGCUCGAAGAAGUCGAGGUCUUUAUGGCCGUGCGAGACCAGAUCAAGGUCGCCCUCGACUCGGCCCAGCGCAAGCUCAACAAAGCCAAAACCAAGGCCACGAUCCAGCUCAUCCAAGAGCGAACACUCGAGCACAAGCAGGCCAAGGACGACCUUUUGGCGACAACUCAGUCCCUGCACACGAUCUUCACGUGGCUCGAUGCGAUGCGAAGCCAGCUCACAAAGACCGAAGUCGACGACCUCCUGCGCGCAAUGGAACACCUCUUUGUGCAGAGUGCGGGUGCGUGGCGCUGGUCGCCGCAGACGCCGCCCUAG